AUGUCGGAUCAAACCUUUAAUAUGUUUAUUGGGGAAACGUUGUGUUUUGUGAUGGUUUAUGCAAUAUUAGUUUGGGAAUAUCAUAAUCUCAAAAGAAACAACCCUUUGUUUCCCGAUGGUAUCAUUGAAGAAGAUGAUGAUGAAUUCCAUGGUGCUUCUGAAGAAUUGACCAGAUGGCGUGUAUAUUGGCUUUGGGUGCCUACGUUAUGCGAUAUUUGUGGUACCACGGUUGACGUCUCUAUGCAUAUCAUUGAAGCUAUCAUCGGAUUCUUCCUUGUUCUAUUUGCUCAGACCUUUACGGCAAGUCAGCUUGUUAUUGAAGAGAAAAUUAUGUCAAAAUAUCGUGUUGAAACUUUACGUGCAGUUGGACUUGAAGAAAUAUUCAGACUUUUAACGGUUGUGGUUAGAUCUAUUAUAUUAUCAUCCUGA